AGAAAAUGGCUGAAGCGAUGGCAAGUAACCAGGACAUUUUCAUGUGUCCUGUUUGUUUAGAUCUUCUAAAGCAUCCAGUGACUCUCAACUGUGGACACAAUUUCUGUUUGGAUUGUAUUGAGGCUUGUUGGGAUAAGGAAGACGUGAAGGGCGUUUACAGCUGUCCCCAGUGCAGAGAGACUUUCUCUCCAAGACCCGUUUUAAAGAAGAAUCAUGUUUUGUCUGAGCUCGUGGAUCAAAUGAGGAAGAGCAGAAUACAAACUGCAGCUCCCGUUGAAUGUGCUGCUGGACCUGGAGAUGUAGAAUGUGACGUCUGCACCGGCAGAAAACUAAAAGCUGUCAAGUCCUGUCUGGAGUGUUUGAAGUCGUACUGUGCCACUCAUUUGAAAGUUCACGAUGAACUUAUAGGUAGAAACCACACCAUGGUCGAAGCCACUGGCCAGCUACAGGAGAGGAUCUGCCCCAGUCAUAAGAAGGUUUUAGAAAUAUUCUGUCGCACAGACCAGAGUUGCAUCUGCUAUCUGUGUACGAUGGACGAUCAUAAAAGCCAUGACACAAUCACAGCAAAAGCAGAGUGGAGCCAUAAAAAGGAGGGGUUGGGGCAGAGCCAGAGGAGAUGUCAGCAGAUAAUCCAGUUGAAGGAGACGGAGCUGCAGGAGCUGAGGAAGGCUGUGGAGACUCUCAAGUCUGGUGCACAGACAGCAGUGGAGGAGAGUGAGAGGAUGUUUACUGAGAUGAUCCGCUCCAUUGAGAGAAGGCGCUCUGAGGUGACAAAGCUGAUCAGAGCUCAGGAGAAGGCUGAGGUGAGUCGGGCGGAGGGACUCCUGAAGCGACUGCAGAAGGAGAUUGCUGAGCUGAAGAGGACAGAUGCUGAAAUGAAGCAGCUUUCACAGACACAUGAUUCCAUUCAUUUCCUCAAGUUGGCUGGGGUCAAAGGUCAAGUAGCCAGCGCGUCAUCAGGGAGUCUGGAGCCCGAGGGGGAGCGAGGCGAGGCGGGGUUAUGA